UCCUCCUCGUCGUUAUAUAUUAUUGCGUCUCUUCUCUCCUUAUUUUUCCCCUUUCAAAAGAGUCUAUUCUUCUUCUCUCUCUCUCUCAACUUUGGGGGUUUUUCUCUUCUUCUUCUUUUGCUGCUGCUUCACUUUAUUCUCUCUCAAUAGUCGCACAAUCGGAUGUUCUAUUCGUUUUCGUGUACACCUCGAACCCCCUACUCAGUUAUCUGAGAAAUAGGGAAGAUCUAUCAAUGGCUUCCUUGAGAUCGAGUUUGCCAGCUAGGUUGCGGCAGCUCUUAUCUGGUGAUGGAGGAGCUGUUGGCCCUUCUCUAAAGCUUGAGUCUGAGCCUCCUCCUUCAAUUAAGACUUUUAUUGAUAAUGUGAUCAAGACUCCAUUACAUGAUAUAGCCAUACCUCUUACAGGCUUCAGAUGGGAGUACAAUAAGGGAAAUUUUCACCAUUGGAGGCCGCUUUUUUUGCAUUUUGAGACCUUUUUCAAGACAUAUAUCUCUCAUAGGAGAGAUCUUCUAUUAUCUGAUAACAUUUUGGACAAUGAUGACGCUUUCCCCAAGCAUGCCAUCCUGCAGAUUUUAAGGGUGAUGCAAACAAUUCUAGAGAAUUGCCCUAACAAGAGUUCAUUUGCCGGAGUAGAGCAUUUCAAGCUCUUACUUGCAUCGACAGACCCUGAGAUUCUUAUUGCUACUUUGGAGACUCUCUGUACUUUGGUGAAGAUAAACCCGUCGAAGCUACAUGUGAGUGGUAAGUUGAUAGGGUUGGGCUCGAUUAAUAGUUAUCUUCUCAGUCUGGCACAAGGAUGGGGAAGCAAAGAAGAAGGACUGGGUCUAUAUACAUGUAUUACAUCAAAUGAGAGAAUAGAAGAGGAACUUUCUUCCUCUCUGUCUGAUGUGGAUAAGGAAGGUGCCAAAUCUCAGUAUAGGUUAGGUUCAACCCUUUAUUUUGAAUUCCACGGGGUUAAUGCUCAGAGCACUGAGGGAAGCGGUGCCAUGACAAAGUCUUCUGACUUGCGUGUCAUACACAUUUCUGAUCUGCAUACACAACAGGAAGAUGAUUUAUUAUUGCUGAAGCAGUGUGUCGAGCAAUACAAUGUACCUCAAGAGCACAGGUUCUCAUUGCUGUCCAGAAUUAGAUAUGCUCGGUCAUUCUGUUCUCCUAGCGCCUGCAGACUUUAUAGCAGGAUCUGCCUUCUUGCAUUUAUUGUGCUUGUGCAAUCUAAUGAUGCUCAUGAUGAGAUUGUAUCUUUCUUUGCGAAUGAGCCGGAGUACACAAACGAGUUGAUCAAGAUUGUUCGAUCAGAGGAAACUAUCCCUGGAACCAUAAAGACCCUUGCUAUGCUUGUGUUAGCUGCACAGUUGGCUGCAUAUUCGUCCUCUCAUGAUCGGGCCCGCAUAUUGAGUGGAUCAAGCAUCAUCGCUGCUGGGGGGAACCGCAUGGUUCUUCUGAAUGUGCUUCAGAAAGCCGUUUCGUCAAUGAAGAGUUCUAAUGAUCCGUCAACUCUUUCUUUGGUUGAAGCACUUCUACAAUUUUACAUGCUCCAUGUUAUAUCCUCUUCAAGUUCAGGGAGCGCCAUUAGAGGUUCAGGAAUGGUUCCAACACUCUUGCCUGUACUUCAAGAUGUUGAGUCUGCACAUAUGCAUCUGGUCUGUCUUGCUGUAAAAGCUCUGCAGAAACUCAUGGAUUAUAGUAAUGCUGCUGUUUCUCUGUUCAAAGAUUUGGGUGGAGUAGAACUCUUGGCUCAGAGGUUACAUAUUGAAGUAAAUAGAGUUAUUGGUUUGUCUGGUCCAAAUGAUAACUCAAUGAUCGUGGAAGACAUACCAAAUUUUGACGAUGAUCAUUUGUAUGCACAGAAGCGCCUCAUCAAGGCUUUACUAAAGGCACUCGGUUCUGCCACUUAUGCCCCUGCAAACUCUUCAAGGUCACAUAACUCUCAUGAUAACUCAUUGCCAAUCUCUUUGUCAACCAUUUUUCGUAAUGUUGAGCGAUUUGGGGGGGACAUUUAUUUCUCAGCAGUGACUGUUAUGAGUGAACUUAUCCACAAGGACCCGACCUGUUUCUCUGCAUUGCAUGAAUUGGGUCUUCCUGCAGCCUUUCUGUCUUCAGUGGCGGCUGGAAUACUUCCAUCCUCAAAAGCUAUAACAUGUGUUCCUAGUGGGUUAGGUGCGAUCUGUCUUAAUGCUAAAGGCUUAGAGGCAGUUAAUGACACCACGGCUUUGCGAUUCCUUGUAGACAUCUUUACUUCCAGGAAAUAUGUGUUAGCUAUGAACGAGGGUGUUGUCCCUUUGGCAAAUGCAGUGGAAGAGCUUUUGCGGCAUGUGUCUUCAUUGAGAGGCACUGGUGUUGACCUAAUAAUCGAAAUUAUUGAUAAACUUGGUGCCUUCGGGGAUGAUGGGUGUUCUGGGACAUCUGAAAAAGGGGAAAGCAGUAAUGCAAUGGAAACAGACUCUGAAGACAAAAAAAAUGAAGGUCCGGGAAGCUUAGUUAGCACAGCCAAUUCAACUUCUGAUGGCAUCAGUGAUGAGCGAUUUGUUCAGCUGUGCAUCUUUCAUGUGAUGGUACUUGUUCACAGAACGAUGGAAAACUCAGAAACUUGUAGAUUAUUUGUUGAGAAGAAGGGGAUUGAUGCUUUGAUGAGGCUUUUGUUGCGACCUAGCAUUGCUCAAUCAUCUGAAGGGAUGUCUAUUGCUUUGCACAGCACUGUGGUUUUUAAGGGUUUUACCCAGCAUCACUCUGCUCCGUUGGCACAUGCCUUCUGUGUCUCUCUUAGGGAAAAUUUGAAGAAAGCUCUAGGAGGGUUUGAUUCGGCUUCUGGUUCAUUUUUGCUGGCUCCAAAGUCCACACCUGAUAAAGCGAUUUUUUCUUGCCUUUUUAUUGUGGAGUUCCUUCUCUUUCUUGCUGCAUCUAGAGAUAACCGUUGGGUAGCUGCUUUACUGAUGGAGUUUGGUAAUGGUAGCAAGGAUGUUCUGGAAGAUAUAGGGCGUGUCCAUCGAGAGGUUUUAUGGCAGAUUGCUCUCCUUGAAGAUACACCAGUUGACAUUGAGGAUAACAGUUCUGGUUCCACAACCGAUGCACAGAAAUUAGAAACAAAUGCAGAUCAAAGCGACGAACAGAGAGUCAACUCUUUUAGGCAGCAACUUGAUCCGUUACUCAGGCGAAGAUCAUCUGGAUGGAGUGUUGAAUCUCAAUUUUUUGACCUUAUAAACAUGUAUCGAGAUCUUGGUCGUGCAAGUGGUGGUCCGCAGAGGCUGGGUAUGGAUGGUUCUUCUAAUCCACUUCUUAGAUCUGGCCAUCAGUUUAAUGUAGCUGGCUCUUCUGAAGUUAAUGGGUCUAGUAAAGUGGAAGGUGAUAAGCAGAGAUCAUACUAUUCAUUGUGCUGUGACAUGAUGAGAUCACUUUCUUAUCAUAUCAGCCAUCUGUUCUCAGAGUUGGGAAAAGUUAUGUUGCUUCCUUCACGUCGCCGGGAAGAUUCUCUUAAUGUGUCCCCUGCUUCAAAGUCCGUUGCUUCCACUUUUGCCUCCAUUGUCUUGGGACACUUGAAUUUUGGUGGGCAUGUUGAUCCCUCUAAAUCAGAGGCUUCCAUAUCAACUAAGUGUAGGUUCCUUGGCAAGGUUAUUGAUUUUGCAGAUGGCAUUCUGCUUGGCAGAUCAGACUCCUGCAAUGCUAUUUUAGUGAACUGCUUCUAUGGCCAUGGGGUUGUUCAGGCAGUAUUGACCACUUUUGAAGCUACAAGUCAAUUACUUUUUGCAGUCAACAGAGCCCCAGCCUCCCCCAUGGAGACAGAUGACCUGAAAUCUAAUCAGGGUGACAAGGAAGAAACAGAUCAUUCUUGGAUAUAUGGUCCGUUGGCCAGUUAUGGCACACUAAUGGAUCACCUAGUCACUUCAAACCUGAUCAUUUCUUCUUUCACAAAGCAUUUGCUUGGACAGCCUCUUACAAAUGGAAACAUUUCUUUUCCAAGAGAUGCAGAAGCAUUUGUAAAGGUUCUCCAAUCCAUGGUUCUGAAGGCAGUGCUUCCUAUAUGGACUCAUCCUCAAUUUAGUGACUGCAGUUACGAGUUCAUUACGACCAUUGUUUCCAUCAUGAGGCAUAUAUAUUCUGGAGUGGAAGUUAAAAAUGUUACUAGCAGCAGUGGAACUCGUGCAGCUGGUCCUCCUCCAAAUGAAGCUGCUAUAUCAACAAUUGAAGAGAUGGGCUUUUCCAGGUUGAGGGCUGAAGAAGCUCUGAGGCAAGUGGGAACAAAUAGUGUUGAGAUGGCAAUGGAGUGGUUGUUUUCACAUCCAGAGGAGGUCCAAGAAGAUGAUGAACUUGCUCGAGCUCUUGCUAUGUCUCUUGGGUCUGGGAAGUCGGCCAUGGAAGAUGAUGAAAAAGAGGUCAUCCCAGAUCAGGAGGAAGAAGCACUCCAGCUUCCACCCGUUGAUGAACUGUUAUUAACGUGUACAAGGCUUUUGCAGGUGAAAGAAUCUCUAGCUUUUCCUAUCAGAGACCUGCUUGUAAUGAUAUGCUCCCAAAAUGAUGGUGAAUACAGGGCUAAAGUUAUUACCUUCAUAAUUGACCAUGUAAAGCUAUGCAGUUCUGUUUCUGAAAGUGGAACCAGCAAUGUGCUAUCUGCACUUUUCCAUGUUCUAGCCCUUGUUCUUCAUGAGGAUGCAGUGGCACGAAAAGUUGCCUUGGAAAAUGGGCUGGUAACUAUUGCUUCUGAUUUGCUUUCUCAGUGGGACCCAAGUUCACAAGGAGGGGAGAAAUUGCAUGUACCGAAGUGGGUCACAUCAUCUUUUCUUGCAAUUGAUCGGCUGUUGCAAGUAGAUCCGAAACUGGGUUCUGAGCUUCCAGAGCAGUUGAAAAAAGAUGUUCCAGAUACCAAUCAAUCAUCACUUGUUAUUGGUGAGGACAAGCCUAACAAAUUGCAAUCUACGUUGGGAUUAGGUCAACCUGGCAUUGGGGUUCACGAGCAGAAAAGACUUGUUGAGAUUGCUUGUAGAUGUAUUAAGCUGCAACUUCCUUCUGAAACCAUGCAUGUGAUUCUUCAGCUAUGUGCUACACUUACCAGAACUCAUGCUGUUGCUGUGAGCUUUCUCGACGAGGGGGGUUUGCCGUCACUGCUUUCUUUACCAACGUGUAGCCUCUUUUCCGGAUUUGAUAACAUUGCUGCUACCAUAGUCCGUCAUAUUCUUGAAGAUCCCCAGACACUUCAGCAAGCAAUGGAAACUGAGAUACGCCAUAGCUUAGUGGCCGCAACAAAUAGGCAUUCAAAUGGAAGGCUCACUCCACGCAAUUUUCUGCUAAAUUUAGCUUCUGUCAUCUCUAGGGAUCCAGUGGUGUUUAUGCAAGCUUCGCAGUCCACUUGUCAAAUUGAGAUGGUUGGUGAUAGACCAUAUGUUGUGUUACUGAAAGAUCGUGAGAAAGACAAGUCCAAGGAGAAAGAAAAGCGUCAAUCUGCUGAUGGGAAACCUGUUUCAUGCGAUAUUAACACUCAGACUCCUGGCAGUGGCAGUGCUAAGGGCUUGGAUUCAAGUAUCAAAAGUGCCAAAGUUCAUCGGAAAUCUCCUCAGAGUUUUACAAGCGUGAUUGAACUUCUUUUGGAUUCUGUAAUCACCUAUGUACCAUCUCCGCAAAAUGACAGUUCAGGUGAUGGGUUGUCUGGUGCCCCAACAUUAUCAGAAAUGGACAUUGAUGACACCGCGGAUAAAGGGAAAGGAAAGGCAAUUGAGACAGUACCUGAAAAUAAUGAGACCAGUGGCCAAGAAGCUUCUGCAUCUCUUGCAAAGACAGUUUUUGUUCUGAAGUUGUUGACCGAGAUACUUUUGACAUACUCCUCUUCCGUGCCUAUUCUUCUUCGAAGAGAUGCCGAGAUCAGUAACUGCAGAGGUCCUCCUCUAAUGGGCCCUCCUGAAAUUUGCUGUGGAGGAAUAUUUCAUCAUAUUCUUCACAAGUUUCUUCCUUACGCUGGAAGCCACAAGAAGGAAAAGAAAGUUGACGGCGACUGGAGGCAGAAACUAGCAACCAGGGCUGGCCAGUUUUUGGUUGCCUCUUGCAUACGCUCAACAGAGGGGAGGAAGAGGGUUUUCACGGAUGUCGAUAACGUGUUUAUUGAGUUUGUAGAAUCAUCUAUUGGUUUCAGGCCUCCUGAUUGCUAUAUUCAAGCAUAUACUGAUCUACUCAAUGAUAUCCUAGCUGCUCGCUCUCCUAUGGGUUCAUAUAUUUCAGCUGAAGCCUCAGCAACAUACAUAGAAGUUGGACUAGUGAAAUCGAUGACUAAAGCUCUUCGUGUCUUGGACCUUGAUCAUGCUGAUUCGUCUAAGGUUGUCACCGGGAUGGUUAAGGCUCUUGAGUUGGUGACAAAGGAACAUGUUCACGCUUCUGACUCCACAAAGGGUGAGAACUCAGAAAAGCCUGCUGAUGAGAACCAAAUCGAACGAACCGAAGCUGGUGUUGAUAGGUUCCAACCAUCAGAGACUGCUGAUCAUAACGAAAUUGUAUCUGAUCAUGUCGGGCCUUUCAAUGCAGUACAGACAUCUGUCAGCUCAGAAUUUGUCACAGAUGAUAUGGAAAAUGAUGGGGAUCUUGAUGGAGGUUUCGGUCCAGGAGCCGAAGAUGACUUCAUGCAUGAAUCUGAAGAAACUGGCAUUCUUGAGAAUGGAAUGGAAACUGUAGGAAUAAGAUUUGACAUCCAACGGAAUGGGCAAAACGACCUUGCUGAUGAAGAAGAAGAUGAUGAUGAUGAUGAUGAGAUGUCAGAGGAUGAUGAGGGAGAUGAAGUUGACGAAGAUGAUGAUGAAGAUGACGAUGAUGAUGAGGAACAUCAUGACCUUGAUGAAGAUGAAGUUCAUCACAUGUCGCAUCCUGACACAGAUCAGGAAGAUCAAGAAAUUGACGAGGAUGAAUUUGAUGAAGAUGUGAUGGAGGAAGAGGAUGAGGAUGAGGAUGAGGAGGAUGACGAAGAUGGUGUAAUUCUCAGAUUGGAGGAGGGUAUAAAUGGGAUAAAUGUUUUUGACCAUAUCGAGGUUUUUGGUAGGGAAAAUAAUUUCCCCAAUGACGCUCUGCAUGUGAUGCCUGUUGAAGUUUUUGGUUCUAGACGCCAAGGGCGGACGACAUCGAUUUACAAUCUUCUAGGAAGAAGUGUUGAUAAUGGAGCACCUUCUCAACAUCCUCUCCUGACUGAACCUUCUUCUUCAUUGCAUCCAUCUCCGUUCAGACAAUCGGGUGAUAUUAUCUUAUCAGAUAGGAAUUUGGAGAAUGCUUCAUCCCGGCUGGAUACUAUUUUCCGGUCACUGAGGAGUGGUGGCCGGCAUGGACAUCGUUUCAAUAUGUGGGUAGAGGAUAGCCAACAACGAGGUGGUUCCAGUGCACCUGUUAUACCACAAGGUCUUGAGGAGCUGCUUGUUUCCCAGUUGAGAAGACCAACUCCUGAAAAACCUUCUGAAAAUACAAAUGGCAUGGAUAUCCAAGCUGAAGGGGAGGGAGCUCAGUUAGAACAACCAGAAACAGGAGUAACGGUAGGGCCACCUGUUGAAAGCAAUGGAGAAACUUCUAUCCCAGCAUCCGGUUCUGAGUUGGUUGAAGCUGAAAACAGUAAUGUUGCUCCAGAAGCCAAUGAAUUUCUUCAAGGAGCAGAUGCAUCAUCAGCGCAUGCUCAAGCUGUUGACAUGCAGUAUGAACGCAAUGAAACUGUUGUGCGGGAUGUUGAAGCGGUAAGCCAAGAGAGCGGUGAAAGUGGAGCAACCUUAGGGGAAAGUCUCCGUAGCCUUGAAGUGGAAAUUGGAAGUGCUGAUGGCCAUGAUGAUGGAGGAGAAAGACAAGGAUCUACAGAUAGAUUGCCGUUGGGUGAUCUUCAGCCAGCACGGCCAAGAAGAGCAAAUCCAUUAACAAAUCCCAUGCCACCUAGUAGCAGAGAUGCUUCACUUCACAGCGUUAGUGAAGUUUCUGAAAAUCCUGAUCAAGGAGCAGAUCAAAGUGUUCUAGCUAGCGACCAGCAGAUUGACAGGGCAGUUGAUUCCAGUUCAAUUGAUCCUGCAUUCCUGGAUGCACUACCAGAGGAGUUGCGUGCUGAAGUACUGUCUGCUCAACAAGGUCAAGUGGCACAACCUUCGAAUGCUCAACCUGAGAAUGCAAAUGAUAUAGAUCCUGAAUUCCUAGCAGCCCUCCCUCCAGAUAUCCGUGCAGAGGUUUUAGCACAGCAGCAAGCUCAGAGAUUGCACCAAUCCCAGGAACUGGAAGGGCAACCUGUUGAAAUGGAUACCGUUUCCAUUAUAGCCACAUUUCCUGCUGAAUUAAGAGAAGAGGUGCUAUUGACAUCAUCUGAUGCUGUUCUUGCCAAUCUAACCCCUGCCCUUGUUGCGGAGGCAACUAUGUUACGAGAAAGAGUGGCACAUCGUUACCAUAGUCGUACCCUUUUUGGUAUGUAUCCUAGAAACCGCAGAGGAGAAUCUUCUAGGCGGGGUGAUGCUCUUGGGUCGAGUGUGGACAGAGCUGGUGGGAACCUCGCUUCCCGCAGAUCCGUAGGUGGGAAAUUAAUCGAAGCUGAAGGGGCACCUUUAGUUGACACAGAAGCUUUGAAGGCAUUGAUACGGUUGCUUCGUAUUGUCCAGCCCAUCUAUAAAGGUCAGUUGCAGAAGCUUCUUUUGAACCUAUGUGCUCAUCAUGAGACUAGAGCUGGUUUGGUGCAAAUUCUGAUGGAUAUGCUGAUGCUUGAUACACGCAAGCCUGUCCAUCAAUUAAGUGAUGGGUCAGAGCCCUCAUAUAGGCUGUAUUCUUGCCAGAGUUAUGUUAUGUACUCCCGCCCUCAAUUUUUAGAUGGAGUUCCUCCCUUGGUGUCCCGACGUAUUCUUGAAACUCUCACCUACUUGGCUCGAAAUCAUCCAAAUGUGGCAAAGCUUUUGCUCCAGCUCGAGCUGCCUCGUUCUCCUGCAAGAGAGUUGCAUGGAUCUGAUCAGGGGCGUGGCAAAGCUGUGAUGGUUAUGGAAGAUGAUGAUAAGCAGCAUCAGGAAGGGGAUGCGUCGAUUGUCUUGCUUUUGAGUUUGUUGAAUCUUCCACUUUAUUUGAGGAGCAUUGCUCAUCUAGAACAAUUGCUAAAUUUAUUGGAAGUUGUCAUUGAUAAUGCUGAAAGUAGCUCCAACACGUCUAAUACGACAGAAGUAUCCCCUACUGAGCAACCGUCUGGCCCUGAAAUAGCGGCUUCUGAUGUGGGGUUAAAUUCUGAUGUGGGUGCCUCUUCUAAUGAUGCUAUGCCAACCAAAAGUGAAACCUCUAAACCUUCCACAUCUUCUCAUGCAAAUAAAGAAUGUGACGUUCACUCUGUACUACUUGGCCUACCACAAGCUGAACUUAGGCUUUUAUGCUCUUUGCUUGCACGUGAAGGUUUAUCAGACAAUGCUUAUGCUCUUGUCAGUGAGGUUUUAAAGAAGUUGGUGGCUAUUGCUCCAACUUAUUGCCAUUUAUUUAUCAGAGAGUUAGCAACUUCAGUGGAAAACCUUUCUAGAUCUGCCAUUGGUGAAUUGCAAGUAUUUGGAGAAGCAGAAAAGGCACUGCUUAGCUCAACUUCCAAUGAUGGUACUGCAAUUCUGAGGGUUCUACAAGCACUAAGCUCUCUUGUUGCAUGCUUGCAAGAGAAGGAGAAAGAUCCUGAAGGAAAAGAUCAGACUGAUACUCAAACUCAGGUGCGGGGGAUAAAUUCAGUUUUGGAUCCCUUAUGGUUGGAGUUAAGCACAUGCAUAAGCAAGAUAGAGAGCUACUCGGAUGCUGUUCCUGAUUUAUUCCCUGCAUCCAGAAGCUUAUCACCCACGACAGCAAGUGCAGUAUCCCCACUUCCUGCGGGUACUCAAAAUGUGUUGCCAUAUAUUGAAUCAUUCUUUGUAACAUGUGAGAAGUUAGAUCCUUUACAAGCAGGAGCCAGUAAUGACCUCUCUGCUGCUGGGACUUCUGAAACUGAAGAGGCCACAACUUCCUCCGGACAGCAGAGGACAACUUCGGCUUCCAAUGCAAAAGGUGAUGAGAAAAAUGCUGUAUUUGUGAAGUUCUCAGAAAAGCAUAGGAAGCUGUUGAAUGCUUUUAUAAGACAAAACCCUGGGCUGCUCGAAAAGUCAUUCUCUCUGAUGUUGAAGGUGCCGCGUUUUAUCGACUUCGACAACAAGCGGUCUCACUUCAGAUCAAAAAUAAAGCACCAGCAUGACCAUCAUCAUAGUCCAUUGAGAAUUUCAGUCAGAAGAGCUUACAUUCUCGAAGAUUCAUAUAACCAGCUGCGCAUGCGUUCCACCCAAGAUCUAAAGGGGAGGUUGACUGUUCAUUUCCAGGGAGAGGAAGGAAUUGAUGCUGGUGGACUUACAAGGGAAUGGUAUCAGUUGUUGUCAAGGGUUAUUUUUGACAAGGGGGCGCUACUUUUUACAACAGUUGGUAAUGAGUCAACAUUUCAGCCGAAUCCCAACUCUGUUUACCAGACAGAACAUCUUUCAUACUUCAAGUUUGUUGGCCGAGUGGUUGGGAAAGCUCUGUUCGACGGGCAGCUUCUUGAUGUUCACUUCACUCGAUCAUUCUAUAAGCAUAUCUUAGGGGUGAAAGUGACCUAUCAUGACAUUGAGGCUAUAGAUCCUGAUUACUUCAAAAAUUUAAAAUGGAUGCUUGAGAAUGACAUUAGUGAUGUGCUAGACCUAACUUUCAGCAUGGACGCCGACGAGGAGAAGCUGAUAUUAUAUGAGAGGGCCGAGGUCACUGAUUAUGAACUGAUUCCUGGUGGGCGGAAUAUUCGUGUUACUGAGGAGAACAAGCAUGAAUAUGUGGAUCUUGUUGCUGAGCAUCGGUUGACAACUGCUAUUCGUCCCCAGAUUAAUGCAUUUUUGGAAGGUUUUAAUGAGUUGAUCUCACGGGAGUUGAUAUCUAUUUUCAAUGACAAGGAGCUGGAGUUGUUGAUUAGCGGGCUUCCAGACAUCGACUUGGACGACAUGAGAGCGAAUACCGAGUAUGCUGGCUACAGCUCUGCUUCACCCAUUAUCCAAUGGUUUUGGGAGGUGGCUCAAGGUUUUAGCAAGGAGGAUAAAGCUCGUCUCUUGCAGUUUGUGACUGGCACAUCAAAGGUACCUUUGGAAGGUUUUAGCGCACUCCAGGGAAUUUCAGGCUCGCAGAGGUUUCAGAUUCACAAGGCCUAUGGCAGCGCUGAUCACCUGCCUUCUGCUCAUACAUGUUUCAACCAGUUGGACCUACCUGAGUAUCCCUCUAAACAGCAUUUAGAGGAGAGACUGCUGCUGGCUAUUCAUGAAGCCAAUGAAGGAUUUGGUUUUGGUUGAUUCAACGACCCCAGGAGGUCCAGGGUUAGGAGAACAAAUGGUAGGGGGACCCUGAAGAAAGGGCACAUUCGUGUAGAUAAUAGUGUUGUUAAAGAAGGAAGUUGGAGAAAAUUGUGAAAUGAGAAAAAGAGAGAACCAGUGUUGGAUAGAUAAAAUUUUAAUGUUUAUUUUACUGUACAGUAAUUUUAUUUUACUUUUGGAAGAAUUACAAUAUUGAUGCUAAUGGUGAAAAUUGCCGAGGCAGUUUUUGUAAUUUGCCUAUGCAAGUAUUCCAUGGUCUUUCGUUCUUUUUUCA